AUGGAAGGAAGAGAAGAGUUUCAAGAAGAAGAUGUGUGGUCAGUUUUGAGAGAAAAGGAAACUCAAGGUCCUCAAAUGAGAAUUUUCAAAAGUAGCAAUCUCUUCUCAGCCGCUUCUUCAUCUUCUGCAAGGUACAUUCCUAAGGGCAACGAGGUCUCAAGGUUCAAACAGUCAUCUGCUCCAAUGAAUGUUCCUGACUGGUCCAAGAUUUAUGGGAAUACGAAGAAGAGCACCAGAAGCAACCAUUUGCAUUCGUGGGCCACUCAUGAUGAAGAUGAUGAUGAAGACUCAAUGGUUCCUCCCCAUGAACUGGUGGCAAGAAGGCUUGCAAGAACGCAGAUCUCAUCUUUCUCCAUGUGUGAAGGAAUCGGAAGAACACUCAAAGGAAGAGAUCUCAGCAAAACAAGAAAUGAUGUCUUAACCAAGACAGGUUUCUUGGAAUCGAACGUCACAUCUACAUCAACAUCACCAUAG